AUGGAUCUCAACAACUUGAUAACAUUCUGGCCAUGGAGAGAACCGAGUCUGUUCGCUAGGGUCUUGGAUAUCAAGGGGGUUCUGGCUGUUAUAGAGAAGGUUAAAGUGAACGAAUUAUCUUUGUCAAAAGCAGUGGUGCUACAGAUGUUUCUCAAAAACAUGAUGGGGUCCUCCUUGGCUGCCGAGAAUUUGUUGGAUAUUCGUAAACCAAACAAAAGAGCUUUAAGGAGAGCAAGGAUACGCAAUGUGAACGAUUAUGAUCCUAAGAGGAACAAGCUGCAUUCAGUGGAAUCUGGCAGUUCAGAUACUUCGUGUGUCAGAAGAUUACAUAGAUUCAACGCAGCUGAUGAGAAUAAUGGAUGGUCAUUGGUUAUUUACAAGGAACUGAAAUAUCUCACUCAGAACAAUGUCUGGAAUCUGAUCACGUGUUUCUUUGAUCACGGUUCAACAGGUAGCAAAUCAACUAUCAUUAAAUGUAUAUUUGAUGGUGUUGUGUUAAGUGAUGCAGGACCAACAAGAAGCAGAAACAUCAACUGGACAGCAUACAGGGACAACGCCCUUGUGAAACACAUCCAUGUGCUCACACUUAAAAGGAGGCAGUGGGUUAUCAAACUCCUUCUUACUCACUUGAGUAUGGAACCAACGUGUGAGGUGUACAACCGUAAGACACAGACUCUGGCUGACUGGGGUUUGACUCAUGAUAUGUCUUUCUCUUUACUGGAUUGCUUGGGUCUUGCGUGGUGCUUGUUGAAUUGUCAAACUAGAAUGAGAACUGAGCAUAUGUGUACUAAGCACCAUUUGAUUCUAGAGUUUGCUAGGCGUUGUCUAGUUGAGAGCACACUGAUUUGUUCUGAUGAUCUACACGAAAAUUUGUCAAAACUCUGUUUUCAAAAAUGGUUGCUAGGUCAAAAUCUCAUCUUGCUCUUUGUGAGCACUAAGUCUUGA